AUGGAAGGCGGACGUGGCAAAGAUCCCAACGUCACUCGCCGCCGCGUUCUCCAAGCUCCCCUCUACAUUUCUCUCUCCCGGACAUUCUUCAUCGGUACAGGUACAAUGCGUGUCCAGUCCUUUAUUCGCUAUACCGUCGCUGCGGCUGCUUUGCUGCAGCUCGCCUUCGCUGCUCCUGAACCGGUUACUCUCGAGGAGCCUGUGAUCCUGGCGAUUGCGCAGUUUCCUGAGGACAAUGCUUUCGGACACGUCGUGAACGGGGAGCGGAACAAGAUUUUGUUGAACGUGGAGAAUCAGUCCGACCGCAACAUCACCGUCAAGAGCGUCGCUGGCUCCUUCCACCACCCGGAGUCUCAUGGUUUGGUCAAGAACACCACCGCGUUGGCAUACGACGUGUUGCUGCUUGAGGGCGCCAAGAUGCAACUCCCUUAUACUUUCUAUAGCGAGUUCAAGCCAGGAGACCUCAGGCUGAACAUCUGGAUGGAACACGAAGCUGACGGCAACAGGUAUCGCGUGACCGCAUACGACUCGGUCGUCACCAUUGUUGAGCCCGAGUCGGCAUUCCUCGACUUCAAGAUGCUCUCAACGUACUUGGUUGUUUCCCUGCUCCUCGGUGGUCUCGGCUAUUACGCCUACCUCUCCUUCGUUCCCCAGCCAAAGAAGAAGAGGACGCCCGCAGUCAGCGCACCCGUCGGCACCGUCACCGCAACAGGCGCAGGCGGCUACCAGGAGGAGUGGAUCCCGGAGCACCAUCUCAAGAAGACGAAGGGCAGGAAGACGCGGGCCUCGGGUGUGGCGACGAGCGGGGACGAGACGAGUGGCACGGAGAUGAGCGGCACGGAGGGCAGGAAGCGGAAAGGGAAGAAGUAG